AUGAUCUUAAAAAGUAGGUUCGCUGAUGUUACAAUUCCUCAGAAUAUGUCAUGGCCUGAAUAUGGGACGGUAUCGGUUCAAGGUCGUUCUCUAGACUUUCUAACGGAACGUUUAUAAACGAUGUAUGGGUGUAGUCUAGUGAUAGCCCUCCUCAGCAAAAGAAAAAAAAAAUGCUCUAAGAAAGGGACCUGAACCUGCCAUUUCGUGAGAAAUGUUCAUACUUUAGUGAGUCAAUAAAUCAGAUAAUACACGAGAAUCUCGAGAGCAGAACCACAAGUAUAGAACCCGAGAUUGAAGAAUGUUUUGAUUUCAGACACCUCUUUGUCCGGUUGCGGUCAAUACAUGCUGAAUAGCUGUUAUAGCUUCUAUGCAAAUUUAAGGUCCCUUUGCGCAGUAUCGGCUUUCGUGUUUGCCGUCAGCAAUAUAUAAAAAAAUUUACAUAAGAAUUCUUUGUGAUGUGCCUCUUUUUGCAUACUGGUCACGCAAAUUAUGAAUGCCUGUAAAUAUUUACCGAAGAUCGCGGACACUGCCGACUUUUAAAUUCUCUGGUAGUUAAAACUUACUAUGGUCGUAACAGACGGGAAGAUACCUAUUUACCGAGUGAGAAUUUUGGGUUGUUGGAUAUGAGAAGGGGAGCGGGCGGGGAGGGUUAGUCUCAUACUCAGCCGUUUUUUAGCGUCGUCACACGCAGACUAACGGGAGGGUCUUGGAUUUGGUGCUGUCCAAGAUGAAUUAAAACCAGGAUGCUGCUCUAACGAAUCGUCCUUUAACAAGGGAAAUACAUUGAGACAAUAUGAGGCCGUGUUGAAAUGCCCUUUUCUGUCGAGGCGAGUGCAAGACACUUUUUUCAGCGAUAUCCUCAGUUCUCGUUACCCGAUCAAUGCUCUGUUUUCGAUAUUUUUAAACAUGCCUGACGGCUAUGCCAUGCUGGAGAGUCCCAAGAGGGGCGAAACAGCUGUCCAUGGUUACCACUGCCCAGUUGAUAUGGUUGUGCACAUGCGUAAGGUGCUGGGCAUACCGUGGAGCUUGUACUGUGCUUUAGUGGUGGUAAAAGGUGUUGUUUACAACCCAUGCUACCAUGCACUCCCAAUUACUGAUUAUUAAUGCAGAUGAUUACCUGCCAAAAAUCGAAGAAAACGAGUAAAAUUGCCGUGACACAAAAUAAUGUAGAGCGCCUGUUAUGUAUCUUGCUUUCAGAUCGAUGGGGUAUCCGGCCACUGCUACACGUUCAAACAACUCAAGAGCUUGACUAGAAAGUUUGCUUCCUCUCUGGUGAAAAAAGGCUUUAUAAAAGGAGAAGUUUUUGCUAUCUAUCUCCCUAACAUUGUAGAAUAUGCUAUCGUUUUCUAUGGUGUGGGUUUCGCAGGGGGUACCUCUACCACAGUGAACCCACUUUACACCGCCGAAGAGUUAGAGAAGCAGCUAAGUGAGACACAGGCUACGUAUCUUGCUACAUCGCGCCAGUUCCUAGACAAAGCUCUAACUGCAAGUAAGGCCCAAGGGAAAAUAAAAAAGAUCAUUGUAAUCGGUACGUAGAGCUAACAGAGUUGUUGACGUCAGCUCAUUUUGUUGUCGCAGUUAUCUCCUGACUGAUCUCCCCGACUUGAACUCUGUGCUUUGUUCCAUGGGGGCGGGUAGUCAGGGAAUGUUUCGGUGGGAGUUCGCCUCUGCCGUGGACCCUGAAACCCCCGAUCUAUACCACCCAUGUUUAACUGCUGAUUUUGCCAACUUUAUUCUAGACUAGGUACCAAAUAUCCCUAGGCUAUGACCGCUAUGAAACAGAAACUUCAGUUUCAUGCCAUUGUUUGGUUUCUCAAAUGAUACCAAGUCACCAAAACUGCCUGAAAGCCCAUCUUUUCACAGAAGCUCGUACCACUCCGGCUGGCUUUUUGACUCUCGGACUACUCAUUAACGCAUUUUCCAUAAUACACCUCAUUUGCACCUCAAAAUUUUGCCAAAAUUUUGCAUAAGCAAUGUCUUUAAUUUCUCUCUGGUAGACUGUUGUAAAAACAAGGAGAAGUUGGAUUUAAAAUGUUUACGCACAAUUUUAGAGGACAUCGCAACGACAAUUUUUAGCGCAACACAACGUUGCAGCAUUGUUACAGCAUUGUUUUGAAUGGUUACAACAUUGCUCCAACAUUGCAACGCUGUGUUGUGCUAAAAAUCGUCGUUACGAAUCGUCCUGAGUAAAAAAGUACAUCACUUUUAUGGUAAUACGUAAGUGGUGAAUAAGGUAAUAUAGUCAACUCUCUACGUGACGGUCAUCGCCGGCUGAGACCGGCCCUGCUGUCCGACUUAGAGAGUUGCCAGUCAAGGUGACGUGAUACCAGUAAUACAGGAAAAUAAAACUGAACCGAUUCACGUCUGUUUUAAUUAUGUAAAACAGUAGGAAAAUGAAACACUUUCUCAUUUUGUAAUCAAAUGUUCAUUUCAUGCAAACAUUCAUGGGUUAGUGAUCUAAAAGCGUAACAGUUUACAUUUGGGUAUACCAGUCUGCGAACUGGAACAAGACUACGAAAAAUUAAACUACAUGAUUACAUAAAGCACGCCUCAAGUGUCCUUUGAUGGCCUCAAAAAUGUCCUUUAUUCGUGUUAGAUAUGUUUUUGUCUUUUUAAUGGAUAGUUUAAUUGCAGUAAAAUGACUCCCGAAUUAACGGCAGGGACCAACACGGGGUGUCCAUCUUCGAGAGGUGCCCGUUAUGAGAGAGUUGACUGCAUGCAUAAUUAGAUUGCAAAAGACGUAUUCGACUGCUAUGAGAAAAGAAGAUCAUUAGUUGUUUAGGUUAACAUUGAUUAUAGUUCCACUAGUGUGCAAUUUCUGUUAUGAUUUUAAAUUAUUUGGAUAAAGUCGAUAUACAUAGGACUGUAUAAGACUCCAAAUAAAACAUUGUCUUGUCUUGUCUUGUCUUGCAUAACGAACCGUUCUUUAACAGAUCCAGUGGAGGAAGUUAGUAACUGCGACUAUGAGCUGUUUACCCAGCUCGUUGACGACGGCGAAGCAAGCUUUCCAGAACAGAUCACGAUACAUAAAGACGACUUAUUCAACAUACCAUACUCAAGUGGUACCACAGGGUUUCCAAAGGGAGUAAUGGUCACCCAUGGUAACAUGCUGGCCGACAUUUGCAUUAUGCUGGGCUCAGGAACUUUGGUUUUAACAGAAGAGACUGUUCUAUUGGCACUGCUUCCGUUUUAUCACACGUAUGCUCAGCUUAUUAUGCUUGGUGCGGGCCUAGCCCAGGGAUGCAAGGUGGUUGCUUUGCAGCGAUUCAAACCAGAAACAUUUUUGCAAGUGAUGCAAGAUUAUAAGGUGGGAUAAGCAUUUCUGUCAGAUCUCAUUUUUUCUGCGAGAAGUACAUAUAGGGGACGUUUGAAACAACUGACAUACAAGUCAAGCGAGUGCCAUAAGAACAAGAGUCUUUUAAAGCUAAAAUAUUACUUUCAGACCAUCGUCACAACAGGCGUAUUCCCCUUGCCCGUCCUCCAUUUCGUUUUUUGUCUUCAACCCUUUAAGUCCUAAGAGUGAUCAGCAUCUAAUUUCUCCUUUUAAUAUCAAUGCUUUGUAAAACAGAGUGGUCAUGAGAAUUACGAACAUGAUCACACAACAUGAAUUUGCUUGAUAUUUUAUCAACCUCUCCUCACUACUUCUGUAGGAAAUGAAUAGGGCCAACAAAUGAGAAUUCAAAUUUUGAUCUUCGGGGUUUAAAGGAUAAAGUGCCCGAUACCUUAUUGGUCGCACUUUUUCUCUUCCUAAUUCAUGUAAUCUUCCUUUGUAAACUCUCUGUGUUCAAAAUCAAAGAUGGAACUGAAUUCUCGUCGACCAAAGAAUAGGCCUGCACUGGAUUGGUCUCCUUGAAAUUCAGUUCCCGGGAAAGUUUGAAAGUUUCCGCCGAAGAGCUAAAUUUGUCAGUUAUUUUAAUCAGGUUACAUAUGCACCAGUUGUUCCUCCGAUUGUGCUCUUUCUGGCCAAGGAUCCGUUAGUCGACAACUUUGACUUGUCUUCGGUUGAGGAAGUCUUAUGCGCAGCUGCUCCAAUGGGUGAUGGUCUAGAGGACGCUCUUAGCAGACGAUUGCCCAAAGUAAAAGAAAUUAACCAAGGUAUUAUACAAAUCGGAAACUACAAGAUGUUAUAUUUGAAUAAUUACUAUGCCAAGAACGUGGGACAAGGAAAAAAUGCUUGAGAACUAGCCAGACAGGAUUGGAAUGACUAGUAAGGAUUUGGGUCAGUAUUAAGUUGGUUAACGGGCCUUUUUUAACAACUCGAGUAGUUUAAGGCCUGUGUCCAAUGGGCUUACCUGUAGAAAAUGAUUUAUUGACUAUAACAUAAACAAAGGGUAUGGAACUGAAUUAUAUUUGGCACGCACAAUGUGCUUUUAAAACAUUCUUUGGUAUGAAUAUUUUGUUGGUAAGUCACGUGGCAUGUCACGUAGCCUUAAUAUUACGUUUUGCAAAAGAAGACCUCAAGAUUUAUUUCUGGGGAAAAUUCCGUCUUGUUCUAGGUAUCCUAGCGAGAGUUAUUGCCAUUCAGUCAUAUUUUUCGCACACACUUUUCGUCCAGGCCUGAAACCCCUUGGGAAACCUUUACAUAUGGAAGUACAUGAUAGCCACACAGAUGCUCAAACUUAGAGUCCACAGAGGAACUCGUUAAGUCCCGCUUUGUUCCUACAGAGUUGCUUGGUUCUCAGUAUGUCUAUGUUUUACUAUGUGACGUUUCAUUGUUAAUUCCUAUCACAGGUUAUGGCAUGACAGAAAUGCUUGCUACUCAUAUGCAGCCCAGGGGAGGCACGAAACCCGGAAGUGUUGGUUUUCUUAUGGCCAACUUGGAAUGUAAGGUAAAAGUUUUCUAUAUGUAUAAAAACUAUUUUCCUUUCCAACCAUGAAAUUUAGAAAUGUUUAAAUAAGUACAUACAUAUACAUACAAUCAUAUAACUUUAUUUAAACUCGCAUUUAGAAUAGUUUGAGAGAGAGCUAGUAUCUCCGAGUAUAAUAAUAUUUAAGAAAUGCAACAAAAUUGAUAAAGUAUGAAAGUAUAAAAUUGCUACGACUAUUAUUAGUUUCGUCUUACAAAAAAAAUUACACAGUAAUAUUAUGAAUAGCGAGCUUAAAAGCAAUGAGAGAUUCAGAAGUUCUUAUGUUAUCCGGCAGCGUAUUGCAUACUUGAGGAGCAGCAUAUCUGAACGAUUGUAAUCCAUAGGAGGUUGUAGUAACUCUUGAUAGAUCCAAUUUUAGGGUACCUCUGAGGUUAUACGCUGUUAUUCGUUCUUUUAAUGGUGAUCUGAGCCUUGUUGGGGCAAUUCCUUAUAUUAAAGAGUCUUGUAUUCCCUUAUCAAAUUCCUCACGUAGUGAGGUAACGUUGAUUCAUCGCUGGAUUUGCCACGCUACGAUCUCUUUAGCCUACUGCGCCACAGGAGAAACAUCUGGCUAAGUCGUCUUCGAAACAGCGUCGAAAUCUUUGUUCUGGGUCCCCACCUGUGUACUGGGACUCGAGUUCGCGCAAUGAUUGGACCGUUGAAAAAGCCAUUGUUGAUUUUGCCAAUCAGGUUGAAGAAAAAUUCGAAACGCACUUCGAGUAAUUCGUAGAGUCCGUCGGCGGUCCAGAGCAAGAAUCUCGGCGCUUCUUCGCAGGCGUUACUUGCCAUGGUUGUUCACAGCUGUCGAUAAUAAAAGCCACUCGAUCUGCCUAAGCGUUCGAUCGCUCGUGGACGACUUCCGUAUGAAAAAGAAGGGAAUGCUCUUCGCCUUGCGAUGUAAUGCAAAUUCUGGUCUCACUUAUGGAGUUUAGGAUGGAAAGCUUGGCAAUAGUUUUACCGGUAUUGCUUUGGGUUGUGCGUAAAGAAUUACAAUCGAACCUCCUAAAGCGACCACCCAAAAUGAAGAGAUUUAGCAGUCACUCACGGGAGGUGGCCAUGGACGAGAUCGACCCGCAGAUCGUCUUUCCGAGGAGAGUUUCGACCACAUCUAUUUUUUUUGCAGACAAUGUACUGUAUGAAAUGUGUAACUGUUUUGUGCAUACGUGUAGUUUCAGUUGUCAUUAAAAGGUCUUCGUAUACUCUUAGUGGAGUAGUACAUACAGGGAACAAAGGAACCACACCAUUAAGCCAAGUGGUCGCUUACGAGAGGAAGAUGAAAACAAUGGAAAACUAUGAAUAAACCGUCGUGCCAAAAAGUGGUCGUGGUCGAUUGGUGGUUGCUGAUGGGAGGUGGUCGCUUAUGGGAGGUAGUCGAACAUGGAGGCUAGACAGUAUUUAAACAGUCAUAUGCCGUCGUGCCAUGUUGAACACCGCAUUUGAUUUCAACAUCUUUAGCACAAUGAUCGAACCGAUGAUGAUGGCAGCAAAAAGUUUUAAAUAGAUGGUAAUCUUAAAUUACCGAACCUUAUAUAUUUAAUUCAGCACUUAAACUCGUUGUUAUGUACUUCAUUAAAAAGGGAAGUGUUCAUAUGUUCAAUGCUUUACCAAAUAGAUUUUGGAUGUAUCAACUGGUGUUAUUCUUGGUCCACAUCAAGAUGGAGAAAUUUGUGUGAGGGGGCCAACAGUCAUGAAAGGUACUACCUCCGCCCUUUUUUUAAAAUGAGAUAAUGGAGAUCUUGAAUUACCAUCCGCUGAUAAAGGGCAAUUGCUCGCGAAGAUAGAAUUGUAGUUGUAUUUAACAAUCUGCAAAGCUAGACCAGUAAUAAACAAUUAUUGGAGGAAGUUUUUGUGACAUCCGGAAUAAUAAACGUGGGGGUAAGUGUUACUCUUGGAAAUUAUGCAUUGCGCGCGAAACCUACGGAUAAGUCAGUCAUCUGCUAGCAGACAAGGAACUUAUCUGAAGAAGGUUGCGCUACUUUUCAAUAUUAACUGUAAGCUCUUAGUGAGUGAGAAGACGGAUAGUGAGUACAAUGUAUAAUAAUUGUUAAAUGUAAGUGAAAAACACUAACAUACACGUAAUGAUCUCUUGGAAUCGCUAAACUUUUAUUCAUGUAUUGCAUCUUUAGGUUAUCUAAAUAACCCGGAGGCCACAGCUCGAUUAAUAGAUAGCGAGGGAUGGGUACAUACUGGAGACAUUGGAAAUUACGAUGACGAAGGGCAUUUCUUCAUUGUGGACAGGCUGAAAGACGUUAUUAAAUAUAACGCCUACCAGGUAUAAUUUUUUUGUAUUUGUUUACGUGCGUGUUGUAUUUCCUUGAGGAAAAUUGAAAACUAGCUAUGAAAAUGAAGUUUUGAAAAAGGCUCAUAUUUUACUCGAAAAAGGUCUAUAAGAAAGUUAUUUGGGUUACUCCAGGCCCAUAGUUCUUCUUAUUGAAUUCUUAACUUAAAUUAGUCUUUGUUUAGUUUUUCGUUACUACAUGUAUUUUUAAUGCAUUAUUGUCCGCGAAUUUUCACUUUACUUAUUUCUUUGUGACUGGGGAGCCCAGGCUUCAUAAACCUUCUGGUUUCUUCUGGGCUCCCUUGCCAACUUACAAUUCUUAUAUGUAUUCUUGUAUUGUAAUUUAUUUUGGCUAAAUAAAACUGAACUAAACUGAAAUGAACAUGGUGCAGGAUUCAUAAUACGUAUUUUUUGAACUCCCAAAGAUCAGUCGUUUAUGCGUGCACGACCUCGUAUAGAAUCCUUAUGUCCAUCGCCUCGCGCAUUUUAACCCAAUAAAUAAUUGGGCAAAAAGUAUUGUCUCCGUCUGUCAACACGAAGCGCGAUUGGGUGUAGCAGGGGGUUAAAAGGUAUGGUGAACGAGAAAACAAACAGCAUUUUAGGUUUUCGUUCGUUCGCACCCUCCUUGCGCUCGUCGCUCGAUCUCCUCGGCCGCUCGCCUAUGGUCGCGUUCUUACCAGGGAGUGAGUUCUUUUAUUUUUGUUUUUUUUCAAGAAAAUCAAAAGACUCCGGACUGUCUGAAUAUUAUGCAAGAACGUAUUGUCUCCUGUCAAAAGGAAAAGCUAAUGUUCAGCCUCAUAAUAGUUUAAAUUUUAUUCCUCUGCUUAGUGGCUGUCUUGUGUCAAGAUAUUUGAAUUUCUUCUAGACCCAAAGUUUUGAAAAUGUUUUUAUCUAUCAUUUCCUCUUCUUCGCAGGUCGCUCCAGCCGAACUCGAGGCGUUGCUGAUUUCUCAUCCAAACAUUGAUGGUGCAGCAGUCAUUGGUAUCCCGGAUGAAAAAGCUGGAGAGUUACCAAAAGCAUUUGUUGUACCAAAGGGUGACAUCAAACCAGAAGAAAUACUAGCCUUUGUAGCUGCGAAAGUCGCACCACAAAAGAAACUCAGGGGUGGAGUGGAGAUUGUUGAAAAGAUUCCGAAAAACGCAAGUGGCAAGAUUUUACGAAGAGAUUUAAGAAAGAGAGAAAAUGAAAGACUAAAAAAUAAAUACGCUCGUUGA